AUGCAGACGCAAAAAAGAAUUAUAGGCGUGUCCGUUUUUGUCGCCUGUGUUGGUGUCGGCCUCAUAGUGUCGUCGCUUGCUACAAAUCACUGGAUUUCUUCUACUCCUGGUUUUCGCAACGAAACGAACAAAUCACAGAGCGCUAAUAUCUCAUUUGGCUUGUUCGCAGGUUAUAAGUCAAUUAAUUUUGGCUUGGGAGACCGUCCACAUACAUUGGAAAGUGGGAAGUCCAUGGAGUGGUUUGGUCUGUUUAGCUUUCCAGUGUAUGUGGCUACUUUGGUGAUGCUGAAUCUUGCUGUUGUAUGUGGAUUUUUAUCGGUUGGUUUUGGUUUCUUCAAUGUAUUUGGCAGACCUAUUGAGACAAUUACAGGCCCAUCGGGACUUUAUGUAUGGAAUGGUUUGUCAUUUGUGUUUGCAACAGCAGCAUUUGGAACCUACUUGGGCCUAUACUUUUCUCAACUGAAAGUGAACAUCUUGAAACCGGAAGAAUUGUCGAGCUUCACAUCAGGAGAUCAUACUAACUUGGACUAUUCCUUUUACUUUGUAGUUGGGGCUGCCGCAUCUUUCAUUUUAAACCUUGUUUUAUUAUCCUUGUCAGGACAAAAAUGUUCUUGCCAUUACUCACUCACAGGAAAAAAGGAAGUAGAUAGUGGUAUGAUUCUUUAUUAG